AUGCCUGGAUCCGGCGAACGCAGCCUCCAAGCCCUCCUGGCAACAAUGAAACCCACUCUCCCCCUGCACUCCCUGCAGCCAGAAAUGCUCUUCCGCGAACCAGAGGGCCUCACAAUCAUCGCAUCAAAGACACUCGCCGAGUCGCACGGAUUCGGGUGCGCCGACUACGUCUUCCCGUGCAAGAAGCUGUCGUUGACGGUGCAUUCUAGUCUGGAGGCGGUCGGGCUGCUGGCUGCCAUUACGAAUCGGUUUGCGGAGAGGAGCAUCAGCACGACUGUUGUCAGUGGCUAUUUUCAUGAUCAUAUUUUUGUUGCGGUGGGGAGCGAGGAGACGGCGAUGCGGGUGUUGGAGGAGAUGAUGGAGGAUGCCCUGGUUCACGGCUGCCUGUGA